GGUAAUAGUCAUCGGUGUGGAUUAUGCUUAGAAGUAACGUUAGCCCUACCUAACACGGCGCAACACAACUACUUCGCCUGACUUUUAAUUCACCAUUUUAAACCUGCAGCUUUACGUUAGUUUUAUUUUUCUAAGUUCAGCUGUUGGCAACGUUAUAGCGAGGAACUGCCGUAUCGCUGAAGAUGUCAGUGGUGGGAUUUGACUUGGGCUUUCAAAGCUGCUAUGUAGCUGUAGCCCGAGCCGGAGGGAUCGAGACAGUCGCUAAUGAGUACAGCGACAGAUGCACACCGUCAUUUGUAUCGUUUGGACCACGAAAUCGUUCUAUAGGAGCUGCUGCAAAGAGCCAGGUGGUGACCAACUGUCAGAACACAGUACAGGGCUUCAAGCGAUUCCAUGGCCGGGCUUUUGCAGACCCCUAUGUUCAGUCAGCCAAGUCUAACUUGGUGUACAAUCUGGCACAGAUGCCCUCUGGAUCCACCGGCAUAAAAGUGAUGUACAUGGAGGAGGAGAAAGUGUUCAGCAUCGAGCAGGUCACCGGCAUGCUGCUGACCAAACUAAAGGAGACUGCUGAGAGUGCACUGAAGAAACCAGUUGCAGACUGUGUCAUCUCGGUCCCCAGCUAUUUCACCGAUGCAGAGAGAAGGUCUGUCAUGGAUGCAGCUCAGAUUGCAGGCCUCAACUGUCUACGACUAAUGAAUGAGACCACUGCAGUGACUCUGGCAUAUGGCAUUUACAAGCAGGACCUGCCAGCUCCAGAGGAGAAGCCCAGGAUAGUGGUGUUUGUGGACCUCGGCCACUCGGGUUACCAGGUGUCAGUUUGUGCCUUCAACAAGGGAAAGCUCAAGAUCUUGGCUACAGCGUUUGACUCAGAACUUGGUGGGAAGGACCUUGACGACAUCCUGGUGAACCACUUCUGUGAGGAGUUCGGGAAGAAGUACAGGCUGGAUGUAAAGUCCAAGCCUCGGGCACUGGUACGACUCUACCAAGAGUGCGAGAAGCUCAAGAAGCUGAUGAGCGCCAACUCCUCUGACCUCCCUCUCAACAUUGAAUGCUUUAUGAAUGAUAUCGACGUUUCCGGUAAACUUAACAGAGGUCAGUUUGAGGAGAUGUGUGCAGGGCUGCUGGCCAAAGUAGAGGGUCCCCUGCGCAGCGUCAUGGAACAAGCCAAGCUGAAAAAGGAAGACAUUUAUGCAGUGGAGAUCGUGGGCGGUGCCUCCAGAAUCCCCGCCAUCAAGGAGCGAAUCAGCAAGUUCUUCGGCAAAGAGCUGAGCACCACCCUGAACGCAGACGAGGCUGUUGCCAGAGGCUGCGCUUUGCAGUGUGCUAUCUUGUCGCCAGCAUUCAAAGUCAGAGAGUUCUCCAUUACAGAUGUUGUCCCCUACUCCGUCUCCCUAAAAUGGAAUUCAGCCGCAGAGGAGGGACUGAGUGAUUGUGAGGUUUUCCCGAAGAGCCACGCAGCUCCCUUCUCCAAAGUUUUGACCUUCUUCCGGAAAGAGCCCUUCACCCUUGAGGCUUACUACAAUAACCCCAAGGAGCUGCCGUACCCUAACAGCUCUAUAGGCCAGUUCCUGAUCCAAAAUGUGGUUCCUCAGGCGUCUGGGGAGAGUGCAAAGGUCAAGGUGAAAGUUCGGGUCAACGUCCAUGGUCUGUUCAGCGUAUCGAGCGCCUCGCUAGUAGAGGUUGUGAAAACAGCUGAGGGAGAGGAGCCAAUGGAGACAGACCACAUAGUGAAGGAGGAGGAGAACAAAAUGCAGGUGGACCAGGAGGAUCAGAAACUUCAGGCUGGAGACAACGGAGACAAGAAAUCAGAGGCUGAGGAGAUGGAGACAAUGGCGGAGGACGCUAAGCAGGAGAAAAAGAACGACCAGCCCCCUCAAGCGAAGAAGCCCAAAGUGAAAACGAAGACAGUGGAGCUGCCCAUAGAGAACAAUUUGCACUGGCAGCUGUCUACUGACGUACUAAAUAUGUUUGUGGAGAAUGAGGGUAAGAUGAUCAUGCAGGAUAAGCUGGAGAAGGAGAGGAACGAUGCAAAGAACUACGUUGAAGAAUAUGUGUACGACAUGAGGGAUAAACUGCACGGCGUCCUGGAGAAGUUUGUGAAUGAAGCUGACCGUGACGCGUUCUCGUUGAAACUGGAGGACACAGAGAACUGGCUGUAUGAGGACGGAGAGGACCAAAAGAAACAAGUUUACAUUGACAAACUAGCUGAACUGAAGAAAUUUGGUCAGCCAAUUCAUGAGAGAUACAUGGAAGCUGAGGAGAGGCCAAAAGCAUUUGAGGAGCUUGGCAGACAGAUCCAGCUGUACAUGAAGAUCAUUGAAGCGUACAAGACAAAGGAUGAGCAGUACAGUCACCUGGAUGAGCUGGAGGUGACACGGGUGGACAAGCAGGUGAACGAUGCCAUGGUCUGGAUGAACAGCAAAAUGAACCAGCAGAACAGUCAGGACCUCACUCUGGAACCAGUAGUCAAAGUUGGAGAGAUUAAGGCCAAAACUAAGGAGCUUUAUUCAGCCUGCAACCCUGUGGUGUCCAAACCCAAGCCCAAGGUGGAGCCUGCAAAGGAGGAGAAGACAGAGAAUGGGCCAGUCAAUGGGCAGGACGGUACAGAGAGCCAGCCAUGCAACCCAGACAAAGCCACUUCCGCAGGCACGGAACAGGGAACGGCGGAGAACAAGCUCCCCGAAAUGGACAUUGACUAACUGUUGCAGCUGCCACCCCUGAGUUUCACCUCCGUUUGUCCUGCUACUCGCCCCCAGUUCUGUCGUUCUUCUGAGAUUGUUAUUGAUGGCACAGUAGCCUCUUUUUUUGAAGACACAGACAGCAGCAUCCCGAAUCAGUACCGUUCAUCAGUCAGCCUCCUCGGCAUGUCAGUUCUCAUUUUCUCUGAAUAAAAAAUAUUGCAUAAUAUUAAUAUUGAAUGGACUACUUAAUGACAUAAAAGUUGUGAGUGUGGGAUGGAAACUGCUUUCUCUGUGUUGCUUUGAUGGCUAUUAUGAUAAAGAUUGUUCUGUUCAGCACCUCCUGGGCAUUUGCGCUAAGAAUGUCAGAUUUGAAGAAUUGUAAGCAAAGUGGCUGUGUGUAAGAAAACUAGUAAUACACCCAGGAGUCAAGAAAAUGUAAAAUAUUGCAGUAUGUCUAAAUAAGGUAUAGAGACAGUGGCAAAUGUAAACGAACAUGGAUUGUUACAGGUUGUUCAUGGCAAACAGUGCAUUUUUCUCCACUACAAAUAAUUGUAACUGCUGGAUUAUAAUGCUUUCAGUUGAAAAGGACGGAAAGACUUUUUGUUGAGUUUACUUGCUCUGUAUGUUGAAAUUAGAUACUACAAGUUACUGUCAUGCAGGAUUUAAUUGUUUGGCUUUUCUCAUUCAAAAGCAAUGGUCCGUUGGUUGUUCUCUGGUAGCCUUGUAUUGUUUUUUUCUACUCAACUGUGUGAAUGCUGGUCCAACAAGUCACCUUCUGGGUGCUGCCGUUGCUGCCACAUCACCAAAAAAGCAAAAAUAAAUCUUGUCAAGAAAAAAAA